AUGUGUGGAGGUGAGGAACAAUGCACAGCGAUCUGCGCAGAUAAGAAGGAGAUGAUUGGGUCAGUCCAAAUUACUUCGACUGAAAUGGGCAACAUCUGUGAUACGGUUGUCAAUCUGACCCAUCUGUCAGCUGCAACCUCUUUGAAUAUUACCGAGCAAGUGGCUACAAAACUUACUAAUCCAAAACGAUCCAAGGCUUUUCCUUUUCUUGUACCACUGUCAACUACAGACGCUAUCGAUGCGUCUGGCGCAAGCGUAAUACCGCUUUCAAAGCAAUCUAAGAUUUCCACAAAUCCUUCGGUACAGCAAAGCGUGACUAAUAUGCCAAGAGGCCAAGAAAUAUUUUCUAAUCAAUCGGAUUUUGUUGUAACUAAGGAACCUACUCAGAAAAGCGCAACAACUCAAACGAAGACAUUUGCAAAGAUUAUAAAAUCCACUUCAACUACGGAAUUAAACUCACCUGUGGGUACACUUAAGGACUCAAAUGUGAGCGCUGGGAAUCCAACAGAUGUGACAAACUCUAUUCGGAGAAAUACUGGCACUUUAUGGUCGCACUAUGUUGACUCUCUGCAACCUGAAGGAUCAUCUGCACUUAAUGAAGGCUUCGAAGAAGGGCGUGAACCAGAAAAAAGCGGUUCUGAUUUGAUAUUUGGUUUCACACCUUAUAAUGUAAUAUCUACACCUAUAGGAGCCGGAAAGCAGAGCCCAGAAACCAUUUCUGCUUACUCGACCGCAAAAAAUGUUUUAACAUACAUAAGAGCGACAAAGGGUGCUACUCAAAAUGGUGCUAGCAAAUCUGUUGCGAGUAAAAAAGGUGCAGCCCUCUCGAGCGACAUCAAAAAGACUGGUGGAAUUUUUGAUAGCAAAGCAGGAAGUGAGAGAACAACUGCCUUAUCAACCGUACGAACAAUCGAGAAAGUAACGAACGCGAAUGUUGAUACAACGCAAAAAAAUCCAGAUACCGUCAGAAGACUAAUCAACUCCACUUAG